AUGUACUCCAAGUUAUUUCAAUCUCUCCCUACUGAGCAUUUUGGUCUUCCCUACUACGGUAUAAAAUACUCUGAGAAAGAAAAUACUCGAAAUCUUUACGAAAGGUAACUUCUUCUAGAACAAUCUUCACAAGACUAAGCCGUAAAUAAAUUUUUCUAAGUAUACGAGAGUUUAUCGAAUUUCGGUUUGAAUGUAAAUAUGGGUUUUGCGAAAUAACAUAUAGUCUAAUGGUUUCCUAAUCUAUGUAAAGUAAUUCGAGAAGAACAAUAAUAAUGCCGUUUGGGAACUUUGAAAGGCGAAAGGAAAUACUACGCAUAGUUUUUGGCCUAAAUAGAGGCUGAAAAACUUGCUGUUAUUUCCCUAACUGAAUUAAUGAAAUGUAUAUUGAAACUUUCUGAGAAGGAAAAAAAGGAAAGACUAGAUUAAAAAGACCGAGUGAUUGUUUCUAAACUUCUUUUUGCGUAGAUUGGCAAAUCCGUUAAUGUUUAAUAUAUAUUUUAAUAAGAAGAAGCUUUGAAAAAGGAGAAAGAAAAAAAAGACUUAGAUGAACUUGUUUAAUAAAUGAAAACAGAAAACCAAAAUUAACUUUUAAAUAAUAUCUACACAAAUAAAAGCAAUAAAAUACAAAUAAACUAUGAACAAUUAGGCAUCCCAAAAGAAACUCAAUAUAAAAUAGGCUCAUUAUUAGUCUAUGUAAUGAAAGAAUGUAUCAAAAUACGAAACGAAGAUAACUUCUGGGUAAGCCUCCUAGUCCCCUCAUAUAUAAAAUCUAAAAGAAACUAAGGUUUUGUAGGAGUAAUUAACGUAAACCAGUAUUUUUUACACUCUAUGAACUAAGAAACGGAUAAAACAGACUCCUUAUUUAUGCAUUUAGAUAGAUCUUUGCCUAUGAUAUAUCCCCCUGCUAAAUGGCAAGACUAUGAGAUGGGUGGUUAUUAUUUAAGACCUACUCAUCUGAUGAGAUUCGAGGAUUCUUAAUUAUAAGAAAAGUCCCUUUUUAAUACUGACUUAUCGAAAGUAUAUGAAAUUCUGAAUAUAAUCGGGAAGACACCCUGGAGAAUAAAUAAAAGGGUUUUAAAUGUAAUGGAAAAAAUAUGGGAAGAAGGAGGUGAUAUAGGAGAAAUUCCGAAAAAAUAUUACGAUUAUACAAAUUAUAUUCAUUAAUAUUAAGUAGAUGAGUGUAAAGACUAUAAAGAAAAAGCCAAAUUAAUGCGAAAAAUAUAAUAAUAAAGAGAUAUACAUUCUAAUAGAAGUGAUUUUCUUUUAAAACUCAAAGUCGCUAGAGCUUUUUAAAAUUUAGAUAGGAUUUAUUUCCCUCAUAACGUAGAUUUUAGGGGUAGAUUAUAUCCAAUACCUCCUCAUUUAAACCAUAUAGGUGCUGACAGAUGCAGAGGCCUUUUGGAGUUUUCCGAAAGCAAAAGAAUCGGAAAAACAGGCUGGUACUGGCUAAAAGUACACACAUCGAAUCUUUUGGGUGUUGAUAAGCUCUCUUUUGACCAAAGGGUUGCCUAUACAGAAAGCCAGUUCGAAAAUAUAAAACGAUGGGCUAGUGAUCCUAUUAAAAACCGAGAAUGGCUCCAAGUAGAAGAUUGCUGGUAGGCACUUUCUGCUAUUUUUGAGGUUUCAGAAGCCUUAUAGCUUGAAAAUCCAGAAGACCAUAUUUCACAUUUACAUGUCCAUAUGGACGGUUCAUGUAACGGACUUUAACACUAUGCGGCUAUAGGAAGAGAUAAAUACGGAGCAGAAUAGGUAAACUUAAGAGAUAGUAUAAAGCCAGGAGAUUUAUAUAGUCACGUAGCCUCAAUGGUAGAACAGAAAAUUGACGAAGACUGCAAAAAUGAGCUAAGUGAAAAUUAUGAAAUUGCCAAAAAAUUACAAGGAUAAAUAAAAAGGAAAAUAGUUAAAUAAACAGUCAUGACAAGUGUAUACGGGGUCACCUUUGUAGGAGCUAGAUAGUAGAUUUUAAGGUAAUUAAAAGACAGGGAUUUUAUGAAUGAGGAAGAUAAUUAUAAGGCUUCGUAUUAUUUAGCUACUGUUACUUUAUUAUAAAUCAAAAAUCUCUUUACUUAAGCGCAUUAUAUUAAAAAAUGGCUAAUUAGUUGCGCAGCGCUUAUAUCAGCGACUGGAAAUCCGGUUAGCUGGAUCACUGAUAUGGGAUUGCCAGUUGUUUAGCCUUAUAGGAAUUAAAGUACUUUGAAUGUUAUAAAUACUGUUAUUUAAAAAAUUACUAUUGAGGCUAAUCAUGAUGAAUUACCAAUUAAUAAGUAAAAAUAAAGAUCAGCUUUCCCACCAAAUUAUAUACAUUCGUUAGAUUCAACACAUCUUAUGUAUACGGCUAUAGAAUGUAACAAGUUAGGUAUAUAUUUUGCAGCAGUGCAUGAUAGUUAUUGGACUCAUGCAGCUGAUGUAGAAAUUUUGCAUGAUGUUUUAAGAAAAUAAUUUGUAAAAUUACAUUCUUAACCCUUAUUGGAAGAUUUAAGAAAUUCAUUUCAAAGAAGAUUCCCAACUAUAGAUUUUCCAGAAAUUCCUAAAAGAGGAGAAUUAAAUUUAGAAGAUGUUAUAAAGAAUAUAUUAAAAUUAAAAUUAAAAUUAAUGAUAAGAAGAAUUUUCUGGAAUUUUAAAACUGCCUUUGUAGGACUUCCUAUGGUUUUUUUAGCACCCAAGAAUAUCUUAUUUUAUCCGAUUGCUGUUGGAGUUCCAUUAUACACAUUUAUAUGUGGAUAAGAUGUACUCCAUAAGUUUUAAUACUACGAUGAAUGGGAUGGUGAUGUUAGAGAAUGAAAAAAAAUUUUACUAAUUAAAUAAAAUUUAAAUUUAAAUGUUAGUAUUAAACUUAGUAUUUUCUAAAAUAAAAUUAUUAUAUAAAUAAAAAUAAAAUUAUUUU